AUGAGCGCGUCUUCGAGCGUCAUGUUUGUUGAGAUGGAUGAGAGCUGCGAGGUCCGUGAAAGGACAGAUGUCGGAGGACGACGAGGAGUGUUUGCGACUCGUGACAUCUCGCCUGGAGAGGUUGUGGUAGCCGAGGCCCCUCUCGUGCCUUACCUUUCAGGAAAGUCCGAGACAGAGGACCACGUUCACAUCUUUCUGGCAAAGGAAGUCCUCAGGCAUCAGGACCGUGACUCGGUGCUAGAGCAAAUGAAACCAUUGUAUCCUCAGUCUAUGGACGACCUGGAGGAAUCCGUGUACAAGAGGGCAAAGAAAGUUCACGCGGACUCAGUUGAUACCCUCGUGGACUAUCAGAACGAGCCGAAGUUGGAGGAGAAGGACGUGUUUUGUCUGCUGUUGAAGAUCUGCUUCAACGCCUUUGAGGGAGGAAUCUGUAUCAAGAAGUCUAUGUUCAAUCACCGGUGCUUGCCGAAUUGCAUGACUUUCAGCCCGGGGGAGAGAGUGAACGGUCAGACGGGACAGAAAACCUAUUCCAAGAUGUCCGAGGUGGUUGCGACGAGGGCAAUCAAACAGGGGGAGGAAAUCUUCAUCUCGUACCUUUACCCACUGGAGCAAUCGUUUGCUGCGCGUUCUAAGAAAUUUGAAGCGCAACAUUUCUGCAAUCUGAAUGAAUCGCCAUGGCCUGUGGAGAUGGAGAGUUUCCUCUUCGAGGAUCAGGAGGGGUUCGAUAGAGAGGCAGUAGUAGAAGACAUGGGAUACAUCGAACAGUCUUGUGAAAAACUUGACGAGAUGCUUGAGGGCAACCAAGUCAGCCACAAGUUUGCGUUGAAGCAGCUCAAGAGCGAGAAGGUUGAGGCCGAACAGAUUCUUCAUCCCCACCAUCUUGUAAUGUGUCGCAUCAACAACAUGAUUGUCAGGAGUGCGCAUGAGAUCGCAAGUUCCCAGAAGAAUCCCAACCCAGCACUGAUCGCGUUGAUCCUUCGCUGCAGCUCUGAGCUACAGGACUCGCUCGGGAAGGCCCUGGGCUCCGACCAUUGUGACCUCGCCCGCAUCCUGUGCGACAUUCAAGUCGCCUUGGAGUUCAUGAUGCAGGCGGCGCCCGAGUUACUUUACGCCUCGUUCCCUGAGAAGUACGGAUCAUGGCAGAAAGCUUCGAAAGCAGAAUAUGCCUGUCAGAAAGAGUUUAAGCGAAUUUCCUCUUUGUAUGAUACAAAACCUUAA